GUGGAAGACAUUGAAGAUGGAUCAAGAAAUCUCAAUCAAAAGAUUUCUAAUUCGUAAAUUUGAAAGUAAUCAAUUUGCAGAAUCGUGUUAGAUUAAGGACAGACAAUAGACAUAAUAUGUUUCCAUUCCUGGAGUUCAGAAAUAUUCUAUGCAAAUAUGGAAUGGACAAAUCAAGAAGGAAAAACACGAGGAAAAACAUUAUGACGUUUAAAUUGCAAAAACAGGAGAAAAGAUUUUUGCAAAAAUUUUCCAAGAGAUCCCUAAAACCAUUACAAGGGAUAGAAAAGACAUGCUGAUGAAUGGGAUUUAACGACAUUGGAAAAACAAAAAGAAGAUAGCUGAAAAUGCAUAAUUUGAACGCCAAAGAUUUAGAUCGAAUUUGAGAAAUACAGUUUUUGGUUUUGUUUGGCUAGAUGGUUUUGAUUUUAUCCUUUGCUUG